AUACAAACUCAAAAUUUGUAUGGAAUAUUUUUUUAUUUGUGAAGGGUAAUAUUGGAGUUGACGUUUUUAUCUUGUUAGAUAUUAUUAUCGCUUCUAACACAAUUGUUUAUUAAAAAAUAUGGCCUAUUUAUAACCUUACCGGUCAAGCCAUUAACUCAGUUUAGUUUUCGCUGUUGGCUUGAAUUGAUCAAAAUGAGUUUUGUUGGCAAAGUUGUGAUUGUGACCGGUGCUAGUACAGGAAUUGGUGCUACAACAGCGGAGGCUUUUGCCAAACUAGGUGCCAAAGUCGUUCUCGUCGGACGCAAUGAAGCAAAGUUACGCUCUACUGCAGAUGCCUGCAAAUUAGCCAAUAAGGAGUCCGAUCAAUUGCUUAUCACUGCUGAUGUAACCACGAAGGCGGAAUAUAUUAUAAAUUCAACAAUACAGAAAUUCGGACAAUUGGAUGUUUUAGUCAAUAAUGCUGGCAUUUUUGACGUAGGCAACAUACUGAAUAUUGACGUAGAUCAAUUUGAUAGAAUAUUGAAUACGAAUUUACGUUCGGUGUUCCUUUUGACUAAAUAUGCCGCCCCACAUCUUGUGAAAACCCAAGGAAAUAUCGUGAAUGUGUCCAGUGUCGCAGGAUUGCGCUCAUUUGCCGAUGUGUCUAGCUAUUGUACCUCCAAAGCAGCACUUGAUCAAUUCACCAGAUGUAUCGCUUUGGAUUUGGCACCGAUGAAUGUGCGUGUCAACGCUGUCAAUCCCGGAGUCAUCGCAACAGAAAUUCAAAUUCGUAACGGUAUGACGAUGGAGGAAUACGCAAACUAUUUGGAAAAAUGCAAGGAGAGUCAUGCGCUAGGACGUGUGGGUACAACAAAAGAAGUGGCGGACGCUAUCGUUUUCUUAGCUAGUGACAGUUCAAGCUUUAUAACGGGUGCAACUUUACCUGUCGAUGGAGGCAAACAUGCGCUUUGUCCACGUUAACGGUAUAUUUGAUAAAUAAGUA